CAAAUACAAAAAAAUAAACAGGGGUUGGGGUUGCAUCAUAAAAAAGAUCGAUUUGAUUUGUUGUGCAUUUGUAUGUACAACAUAAACGUAGGCGUUUUGGUAUUUUUUUUUUUAUAAAAAAGAAAAACAAGAGGGAAUCUUUCAUCUAUAAGAGAAUUUAGCCCAUUUGAUAUUUAUUUGUUGUUAGAUUUACCCUUGAACAUUUUUGUUAUUGAAAAAAAACUUUACACACGUGGUGCCUGAAUUGAGCCAAUGCCUUGGAUAUGAUUGGUGACAAAGUUACGUUGACUGCAUGAUAGCUAUACUACGAUUGACCGUUUGUUGAUGCACUCCUGAAGGAAAAAUGCUCUAUUUUUUUUUUUUUUACGUAUACAAUGUGAAUAUCAAACAGUACCUAUCAAUCAUCAUGAUUUUGUUUAUAAAUGGAUUUUCUUUUUAUAUAUAUUUUCUUUUUCAUUUUCUUUAUAUUUUCUUUUUUUUCUUUCUUACCAUUACUUUGUCUGUAUUUUUCAUUGAUAUCUUAUUAUCAAGUUGAAAAGAUCUUGUUUGAAAUAAGAACCAAGAUAAUUUCUCAAUCAACUGGUUUAUUUAAUCAACAUAAACGGUCUAAUCAAACGUCUUUUUUUUUUUUUUUUU